UAGAUGAGAUGUACAAAUUGCUCGCUGGUAAUGUCCUUCCUUUAAUUGUAUCCUGCACGUGACAGGUGAACAAACCUGUUUCCACGACAAACUUCUUCGCGAAAACUCGUGUUGACCCAAGCUCGCGUCGAGUUCCCCCGGCUCUCGUUUCCUUUGAGGCAGCGCGAUAAUAGUCAAUUAACCUGUCAGAGCCUGGAUGCAAAUGAGCUUGUUAGAAAGUCCGUCGCAGGUUUCGGGUCCCAAGGAUGGCAAAGUUAAUCGCCAGAACCCGGGAAGGUGAGCGCGCGCGGUGAAAGGCGCGACUGUCGCCACCGCGUCGUUUCCACGGAAGCCCCGCCCACUUGUGUUGAUCGGACCGCGUGCACCGGCUCUGACACUGACUGAGGCGCAUGCGCGACUUCAUCGAUAGCAGACGAACAGAUCAGAGAUGGCAGCCGCCAGUGUGGCAGCUGGUGACGAUGGAGCUUAGCUGUUUCCUGACUGCCGUCGUCGCAGCAUGCCUGUACAUCAACACCUUCGAUGCCGACUUUGCUUACGAUGACAGUCGUGCAAUUGUAAGAAACCCGGAUCUCCUGCCCGAGACACCAUGGAGCAAUCUUCUGUGGGACGACUUCUGGGGGACGCCGCUGACCCACUCCGGCUCACACAAGUCCUACCGACCUUUGACCGUGGCGACCUUCCGGCUCAACUACAUCGCCGGGAAGCUCAACCCCUGGGGCUACCACGUGGCCAAUGUCCUGCUGCACAGCCUCACCACCGCCGUCUUCACGCAUGUGGCCCAUCGAGUCCAGGGAUCCGCGGUGACCUCGCUGGUAGCGGGUCUCCUUUUCGCCAGCCACCCGAUUCACACGGGCGUAGCCGGGGUGGUUGGCCGAGCGGAUGUCCUGGCCUGCCUCUUCCUGCUGCUUACUUUCAUCACUUACUGUCGCUACGUGUCCGUGAGAGAAGGGUGUGUGGUGCUGAUGGGAGGACGGUGGCUGCAGAUGGGUGGUGUUAUGUUGCUGACCACGUGCAGCAUGCUGGCCAAAGAACAGGCUGUCAGCGUGCUGGCCGUGUGCGCCGUGUAUGACAUCGUCGUGGUCAGCAGGGCGCCUGUCGUGGAUGUCAUCACCAUGCAGUUAUUCGUUAAGAGUCGCUACAAUCGACUGCGAGAAGGCCUGCUUUGUCUGCUCGUGUGUGGCUGCUCUCUGGUCGGGUUUCGUGUGUAUUUCAUGGGAAACAAGCCGCCAGAGUUCGCGCCCUCGGACAAUCCAGCAUCCGACUCGGACAGCCUGCUGACCCGCACCCUCACAUUCAACUACCUGCCUGCUGCUAACGCCAUGCUGCUGCUCUUCCCGUGCACCCUGAGCUUCGACUGGUCCAUGGAGGCCAUCCCGCUGUUGACCAGCUUUUCUGCCCGGAACCUGGCUUCCCUGACCAUGUACGCCUGUCUGGUAUUGGCCGCUCGUCACGUGUUGAGAGCUCUGGACAACGAGCGUGUAGCGCUCGACUCCUCGCGGAAGCUCGGCAAUAAGGUCGUCGUUGCCAAUGGCAACGGCGUGAACGGCCAUCGAGGCUCUCCGCUGCGGACUUCCUCCACCCAGUGCAGCAUUGGACAGAAUGGCCGUGAUGUGCAUGCCAACGGAAGAACGAAGGAGUGCAGGAGACCUUUCCCUCACUCUAGCCUGCAUGGGAAGUCGCUGGACGUGCUGGUGCUGUCGCUGGCUCUGGUGGUGUUUCCCUUCAUCCCAGCCUCCAACCUCUUCUUCUAUGUCGGGUUUGUUCUCGCCGAGCGCAUCCUGUACAUCCCGUCCGCCGGCCUCUGCCUGCUAGUAGCGCAUGGUGCUCGGCUCAUGUGGCUGGCCGCGCGCAGCACGUGGCAGAAGAAAGGCAUUGUGGGAUGCGUGGUUGUGCUGCUGAUUCUGUUCAGCCUCAGGACCUGGUUACGUAACCAAGAUUGGCUUUCGGAGGAAAGGUUGUACACUGCCGGUAUUUCCGUCAAUCCAGCGAAAGCCUGGGGUAACUUGGCUAACGUGUUAAACGACGCUGGCACAAGUGAAGCGGAAGUGGCAUACCGCAACGCCUUGAAACACCGUGGCAACAUGGCGGAUGUGCACUACAACCUAGGCAUUUUGCUCCAGAACCAAAACAGAAGAGAUGAAGCCAUGGAGAGCUACAGACGGGCCAUUAGCUUCAGACCAAAGCUGACAGUGGCCCACCUAAAUCUUGGUAUACUGACUGCUCAAAGUGGAGAUGUACAGACAGCUGCAAAGAUAUACCGCCAUUGUGCGGAUUUGGAUACAUCCGGUCUCAAGGAUCCUCGUCUACACGAGUCCACCAAAGUGUCCUGUCUCUACAAUCUCGCCCGACUGCUUGCUGAACACAAUAUGUUGCAGGAUUCCCUGCGGGUGUACGAGGAAGCCCUGGAAAGACGACCUAGCCACUAUCCAGCACAAAGUAUCCAGAACAUGUUAGGUGAGUUGUACAUGAAGAUGAACAAUGACAAGAUGGCGGAACACUGGUACAGAGAAGCCCUCAAGAGUAAACCGGACCACAUACCCGCCCACCUCACCCUGGCCAGGCUGUUCAUGCACAGGGGGCAUGAUGAGGAAGCGUUGAGGUGGUUCGACAAGGCACGUGCUCUCGAUCCCACUGACGGCAUGGUGGAUCAUCACCAUGCUCAGCUGCACGCGGCGCGAGGUCGGCACGCAGAGGCAGCAGAGCUGUACAGACAGGCCCUCAGGAAAAAGCCGGACGAGUUCGACAUUGUUUUUAACGCCGCUAACACCUUCAGGCAGAUAAAUGAUCGACAAAUGUCUGAACAGUUAUACUUAAAAGCCACACAGCUUAGACCCCAAGAAGCUACUGCUCAUAUGAAUCUUGGCGCCAUUUUGCACAUGAACGGGCGACUUGCCGAGGCAGAGGCCAGCUACCUGAAGGCGCUCGCACUGAAACCUUCCGACUCCAUCACCCUCGACAACCUGGCCAAGCUUCGCAACCUGAUGGCAUCUAAAGGCGCUAGAUGACCUUCACCUCUCGCGACAUAAUCUCCUUUUGGUGCUUUCACUCUUUGCUAACGGGUCAUGGCUGGGUUCAUGAACUCCGAGGCAGAGGCAUGGGUCAAACUUUGUCUUGUGACUGACCAUGUCAUGUGACUAUUGCCCGAUGACUCUUUGUGAUACCUGUGAUGUUUUACGGUUUGUCCGGAAGUCUUUGGUUGUGACUUAAUCAAAACACAUUAAAAUAUAUAUUUCGCAUAUGAUAUAAACACAUUGACAGUUUAUCUUUGUGGUGGACGAAUACAUCUGAAACAGUCUACAACUGCCAGGCGCAUACAUCAUCGUAUUCGUCAAUGCCCAAGACUUCAGUUACAGACUUCUACAAGUGGAGGUUGCCAUGGUGUUUUUAGCAUAGACAUCAAGCGCUUACAAAGUUUACUUUUCCUGUAAUAUACAGUCUUUAUGGACGAAGUAAGCAAACAAAGCUUCUAAACUUUCUUUGCUCACAAUAUGACCUCGCGAUGUUUGGAAUAAGAAAACAUUUUCACAAGUAAUCAUUCCGAAGGGAAAAGAAACUAACCGCAGAAAUAUUAUUUAAAUUUUUUAAAAUUUUAUUUAAGUUAAUUAGAUAACAUUUCUGUAAUUUGACUAUUCACCUUUAUGUUUAAUUUCUUAAUUACUUCCUUACAACUAAUCAUUGAAAAAAUUUGCUUACAACUUAUCGUUUUUGCGAGCUACACACUUCAUAGACAUGUAAAGAGUUUUAAAAUAUUUUACAGCAAUAUGCAGUUUAUACCAUAUUUCCCACUCAAUGUUCACUCUAGAUAUUUUUUUGAUGCACAGACAUAUGCAUGCACUCUAUUUUGGUAUAAUAAUUAGUCUGUGGCAGUUUUAAAAUAUAUUAUUUCUUUGGUAAGAUAAUCCCCACACAUGUCAUUAUAUAUAGAGAGAAAGAUAAAGAAGGUGCUAGAGCAAGAGAAGGAGAGACAGAGUGUGUGUGGAAGUGUGGGUGGUUACAAACAUUGUGUAAAUGUGCACCUGCCACGAGCUCUAUGCAAUAAUGGACACUGAUAUGAUAACUCAUUCCAGUAUAUUUUAACCGAUCCCCAUUCAUGUUUCUCCCAACAUUCCAGAUUGCUUCUGAAACUACUGUUUGUGAUAUAUAUUGUUAACCAUGCUGAAAACAACUAAAUAUUGUUUACAGUGUUAGUGCUAUUAUCUUGCUUCCAUAUUGUUCUUGUUGAAGCACAUAAGCCAUGAAAUGUACAAAAUGUUUAAAAUUAUUUUUGUGGAAUAAAGGACCCGAGUGUUGUUUAUUUAAGGUGAUUAAUAUCUGAAAUUUUCACUUGAAGCUUCUCGUUCGGGAUUGUCCAUCUAUCAAGAACUUAUUGAGGUUCAAUCGAUACACCUUUGUUACACGGACUGACUCAUAAAUAUGGGCUGUAAACAGUAUAGCCAUGUAAUUGUGACAGAUAAAAACUGUAUUUUUUUCCUUCAGUAGGCAUUGUCUAGUUCCAGUUGUAAUAGGACAACGAGUGCCUUCUUCGAAAACAACUUCCAAACUGGACUAAAAAUUAUGAAUACAUAAUAAAUCUUUACGGGAAUAAUCAAUAAGCUGCUUCUUUGUAAACGAGCGUUCCUUCUGUCGUGUAAUGUUCGUAUAUUAUUUGAGUAUACAGAGUAUCUAAACGGACAGGUCAUGGCAUAUCCAGUCUCAAAGCAAACAGGAAAUCCCCAAUUACAAUCCCUUUGUAGGAAAAGUGUCAUCGUGUGGUCUCCAGGCAGACAAGGCAUCGUCUGAUCUCAAGGUAGACAUGAUAACACAACCUGUUCAGUUUUCCAUUUUGUCGUACCGUGUCCUUAAGGUGUCCAUGCGGUGUUUUCCCGAGAGCAAAUUUUUCUCGAUGUAUUUUAAGUACGAGAAAUAUUUACCAGCCGAGGCCUUGGCGAGGGCCUUUUUUUCAGUCCGCUAUCUUUUUAUGACUUUCCUGUCAUGUGUUAGCCAGGCUGUAUAUUUGUACACUGAUGUGUUCAUGAAGAAUUGUUUUCCCUGUGAUCUUACAAGUCAACUGUUGUACUUCUUUAUACAGGCAGUUCCUAAUCUGCGCUACCCUGUUACCAAUAUAUCAACGAUAGCUGAUUCAGUAACCAGACCUUCAUUGGCGAGGCAGAAUGUCAGUCAUGGAAUAGGCAUUCUUCUUCUCAAAUUGUUCUUCCUAUUAAAUUGUUCGUUGCAUUUUUUUCACAUUUGUUUCCCAAAGGCCCUUUUACUGACCAAGUUAAUGAUCUCAUCUGUUGAGAAGAACCAAUGCUGGUGUUAAUCCCGUCUCCAUUGUUAGAAUCUCCGUCUCAGUCAAGCAAAGUGAUGUAUGCAAUAAAAAUGUGGUAUUUAUCUGUUUUAAUAGAGAGCACAAUUUAUCAACGCUUUUGCUUAAAAAGUAUUGACUGUUACUAUCUUUUGGAUCUUCUCACUGUCCAAAUUUUCAAGGGAAAUAAACAUAAAUGUGUGUCGAUAAAGCAGACAUUUACGACAGAAUUCCUGUCUUGAUAUUUUUAAAAUAUUGAAAAUACGUACAUCUCAUUUUUUUUCUUAUUUUUAACAUCCGCUACAUCCAGGACAUGGCAACUGUAGGAUCGUUUCAGAAUAUUGUUUUCUGAGUAAAAAAAGCAACUACACGAAGGUACAAUUUGCUGUAUUGUUAUUAGGAGGCAGACAUAAUACAAUGAACGAAUUCAUGCAGCAGUCUGGCUGCAAGGUUUGAAUCCAUGAACACUGUAGUUGACUGCUAGGCGUUUACUAUUGUCUCAAACAUGAAACAGAAAUUCUAAACUGUUUUUGCUGAUUGGUUCCUGGACUAUUGUCUCAAAAAGUUUUCUGUUUUUAUAAUCAUGAAUAUAUUAAGCAGUUUUUCAAUAAGAAGUAAGAAGUCAUUGAAAUGGGAACCUUGCCCUUGCUCAAAUCUCAUGCAUGACUUCUUGACUCACUUUUGUCUCUAUGUACAUACCGGAGACAUCUUAAAGUAUAUGUUAAACGAAUCGAUGAGUGUAUCGUAUUUGAAAAGUUGCUGUAUGUUAAUAACUACUAAAAUUGUCCUUGUAUUCCAUCAACUGGCUUGAGGAAAAUGGAUUUGUGAGUGGUACUUGUGCCAACCUGAUGUGAGGCAUUGAGCGACAGGGCAACGGGAAACAUUUGCCUGCAUUUGAAUGUUUUGCUGAAUGUGAUAAAUGAACUGAUGACAAAUAUAAAAUACAGAAUGUUGUAAAUAACAGAUUAAAAAAAAAAGCUGGUAUUUUUAACCGUACCAAAAAGAUUGAUCGAAGCUGUGUACAGUAAGGAGGAGAAAGAUCAAUGUUUUUUACUUGCUUCUUGUUCUGUUAUUUUUUUAAAGAUCCAUGACACGGAGCUUUCAGAUAUCUAUUGCAAUUAAAGUGUCUAAUUUUCGACAA